AUGAGCCAUCACUCCCUAGAAACGCGAUGGAAACUAAAGGUGGACAUGUCGCCCACGGAAGAUGGAACAGGGGCAUCUCGACUAGAGAAAACCCAUCUGCCUCAAGAUUUUCUCACAAUAGGCAAGAGUCAGCCAAGCAUCCCAGAUAAUCGAGAUCAGCUACUCGAAUCUGCAACAUCACACAGUAAAGCAUUGCCAGGGGCCCCUCGGAAAUUCCUGGCAAAGCCAAUCGAGAUCCUGUCUCGAAGCUCCGAAGAACCACGGCCGGCGGUCAUCGAAGCGGAUCAAUUCGCUUUGUCACCGAGCGACACGGGCUCAAAAGUCACAAAAGGCUCAAAGGACUCCAAGGAACAGCGACCGGCGAGAAAAUUCCUACCUGAACCAAUUGAAACAAGCAAAUCCAGCAAUAGAAGGGCUCAUUCUACUUCUGAGAUACACCAGGAAGAUUCCAAGUCUCCCAGGAAGACAUUGGCAGGGCCGAGAAGAUUUACACCCAACCUUAUAGAAACCGAUACCCGCUCGGUCCGAAAAGGGAAAUUUGUUCAACUUUCCCACCAGCACAAUGCCGCAAGAUCUUCCACAACCCGUACAAUUAUUAGUCCGGAAACACCCUUCCAUGCUUCCUCCUGUGUGCUACCCGAAUCUCAGUUUUCGUAUUCCAGUCUGUUGCGCCGACAACAAGCACGCAGACACUCAUUUCGAGUCCCGGAUCUCCCAUCAAUUCCCUCUAAUAGCAGCGAAGAAUCAGAUGACUCCAGAUCACACUCAACAUGUACUUCGCCGCUUGGGUCUUCGAGCAAAAUGACUCGAGAUCCAUGUGCCACCAAAUUACCUCGCGAAAGCUGUGAUGGGGGGAUAUCAGAUUACCUGCUUUCGCUUGCCGCUCGAUCCGCACAGAAGCAACUUAAGGAACAAGCGUUGGCUGCCUUUCCGAAUGAACAAGUGUAUCAGCCCGUCGACCAUUUCGCAAUUGGUGAAGAUGACGGGGAUUUGGAAGAACAUCCUGAUUCUCAAAUGAAGUAUCAGCUCGUCAAGUCCCGACGACAAUCUUCAGCAGAUCUGUCCUGGGAACUCGAGUAUAUGCGCCAUCACAAGGAGGAAUCUGAAAUGAGACUCCGGGCCAUGGUUGCAUCUAGACAGCGAGGCUCUAUACCGGAGCAAAAUAAGAAUGAGAACAGCCCACCCAUGCUUGGAAAUGAUCUUGUCCUCCCUCAAAGUGUUUCACCAGAAGGAUCGAUGUGUGAGCACUCCAGUGCCGAUACCGCCUCUUUUGGUAUACAAGAUCUUUGCUCGGGAUGUAGUGGCUUGUGGUGCGCAGCUCCCCAUCGAGGCGAUGGAAAAGUUGUUGGUCUUUGGAUGGGUACUUGUUGCAAAGAAGAGGGCCAGGAGCGGGAAUUCCACGGCCUGCUGCCUGGGAUCGUGACUCCUAUGCCCCGUGUCGAUGAGGCCGGCGUCUACAUGGGACUCAGCCCAUCUCCUUCACACACUCACUUGGAUCGUCUCGUGGCUUCACCUGGAAACCAUAUUUCUCGCAAGCCCACGAGCCCUGGUCUCCAGACGGCCAUCAAAUCAGAGUUCCAUGAUGGAUUUGUGACCCAAAUUUAUAACUACCUCUCACUGGGGUAUCCAUGUCUUGCUCGUUAUUAUGACUAUGAACUCAGCCGGAUCUCGGGCAUCCCCGUCCAAGAUCUCCGCCGAGACGAUCUGCAAACCGAUGCCAAAGGCUACGUUGUUGCUCCCGAAAAUGACAAUCUCGUGAAUGGAUGCGCAAGAUGGAAAGCCCUCCGUCUAUACAUUCUGGAAUGGGCGCGACAAGAGCCUGGCAUGGCUGAAGAUGAAACCAACCUUGAAGGCUGGGGAUUGCCAGAACGCAAAGGCAGUUGGGCAAUUUGA